CAACUACUUCCUCCGUCCACGAAUAAAUGUCUUCAACCAUGGACGAUGGCGUGGACGAGUCGAAGGAGAGGGAAGUGGUGCAGCCAUGGCACGAGCAGCUAACGCUGCGCGGGCUUGUAGCAAGCGUGGUGAUCGGGUCCAUAUUCAGCAUUAUCGCGAUGAAGAUAACACUGACUAUUGGGAUCACUCCUCACUUCAACGUGUCGGCGGCGCUGCUCGCCUUCAUAUUCAUUCGGACAUGGACAAAGGUGCUUGCCAAACUGGGGAUCGCUUCUGCUCCUUUCACCAAGCAGGAAAACACCAUGAUUCAGACUUGCUCUGUUGCAUGCUACAGUAUUGCGCUUGGAGGAGGAUUUGCGUCGUAUCUGCUGGCGAUGAACAGGAAAAUGUUCGAGUUAUCGGGCGGGUUGAGCGUUGCAGGGAACAGUCCGAGUAGCAUAAAACAGCCCGGGAUCGGUUGGAUGACUGCUUUCCUGUUUUUAGUUUGUUUUGUAGGCCUAUUCGUCUUGAUUCCUCUUCGAAAAAUAUUGAUCAUCGACUACAAAUUGACAUUUCCUAGUGGAUUGGCUACUGCAGUACUAAUCAAUGGUUUUCACGGCAGAGGAGACAAAAUGGCUAAGAAGCAAGUGAACGGAUUCAUCAAGAGCUUCGCCGGCAGCUUCGUGUGGGGUUUCUUCCAGUGGUUCUACACAGCAAAAGACAACUGCGGCUUCUCUCAGUUCCCCACUUUUGGCCUCCAAGCAAAGAAACAAACAUUUUAUUUCGAUUUCAGCUUGACAUAUGUGGGCACUGGCAUGAUCUGCUCCCACGCUGUUAAUCUGUCGUUGCUGCUCGGUGCUGUCGUUUCGUACGGGCUAAUGUGGCCGCUCAUCCACCAGCGCAAAGGAGACUGGUUUCCGGCCGAUAUCCCGGAAUCGAGCAUGAAAAGCCUCACGGGCUAUAAGGCCUUCAUCCCCAUCGCCCUCCUCCUCGGCGACGGCCUCUACAACUUCGUCAAGAUACUAGGCAUCACAUUCAUCAACAUCCACAACCGGAGACUCAAUCAGAACUCCACUCAUCCUAACUCGACCGCAGUUAAUCCCACUCAGGACGAGGUCUUCGUCAGCGAAAGCCUCCCCUUCUGGAUAGCAGCAGCCGGUUACCUCAUCUUCGCAGUUGUCUCCGUCAUCGCAAUCCCCUUCAUCUUCCCUGACCUGAAAUGGUAUUUGGUCGUGAUGGCCUACGUGGUGACGCCGUGCCUCGCCUUCUGCAACGCCUACGGUGCCGGCCUCACCGACAUGAACAUGUCCUACAACUACGGCAAGGUCGGCCUCUUCAUCGUCGCCGCCAUCUCCGGGAAGGAGCACGGCGUCUUGACCUCGCUCGCCGCCUGCGGGCUCUUCAAGUCCAUCAUCAACGUGUCCUGCAUUCUGAUGCAGGAUUUUAAGACCGGCCACCUGACGCUGACGUCGCCGAGGGCGAUGCUGGUGAGCCAGAGCGUGGGGACGGCGCUGGGGUGCGUCGUCUCGCCGUUGAGCUUUUUCUUAUUCUACAAGGCGUUCGACAUCGGGAAUCCGGAGAAGGAGUUCAAGGCGCCGUUUGGGAUUAUAUAUAGGAACUUGGCGAUCAUCGGAGUGGAGGGGUUCUCGGCGCUGCCGAGGCAUUGCUUGCAGCUGUGCUACGGGUUCUUUUCGGCGGCGGUGGGGAUAAACUUGGUGAGGGAUAUGUCGCCGGCGAGGGUGGGGAAGUGGAUGCCGCUGCCGACGGCGAUGGCGGUGCCGUUUCUGAUUGGGGGAUACUUUGCGGUGGAUAUGUGUGUGGGGACGCUGGUUGUGUAUCUGUGGCAUAGGUUCAGGUCCAAGACGGCGCCGCUGAUGGUGCCGGCGGUGGCGUCGGGUUUGAUAUGUGGGGAGGGGCUGUGGAUACUUCCGGCCUCGAUUCUGGCUUUGGCUAAAGUGAAGCCACCGAUUUGCAUGAAAUUCUUGGCCGGUUAGUUAGUUAGUAAUUUGUAAGAAUGGAUAGAACUUUGUUAGGUUGGGUGAUUAUAAAAUCUACCCAUUUCCUAUAAGUCUAUGAUCUGUGUAUAAGAAGAAUUAUACUCAUACUGUAAUAGUAUCAUUGAUAAGAGGAAUACGAGAUAGUAUGUUUUUAUUGGUUGACUAAUCUAAAAAACUAUGCCUUUCUACGA